UCUUCCUUCUCUUUUGUUGUAAGUGAUGUCCCCGGUUAUAAAAUAUCUGAUGGACUUGUUUUUUUUCUUGCACCAUGGGGGACUACAAUCCCCCCCAACUCAGAAGGUAAGAAUCUUGGAAUCCUUGAUGAAAAAAAUGGUUACAAUCAAUUUGUUGCUGUAGAAUUUGAUUCUUACAACAAUACAAGGGACCCAACAUUUAGACAUAUCGGAAUUGAUGUCAACUCUGUAAUGUCAAUGAAUCUUGUAAAAUGGAACAGGGUUUCUGGAGCACUGGAAAAAGUAACUAUAAUAUAUGACUCUCCAACUAAGACAUUGAGUGUUGUUGUGACACAUCAAAACGGUCAAAUUACCACUGUUGCUCAACAAAUUGAUUUGAAAGUUGUGCUUCCAAAGGAGGUUAGUGUUGGUUUUAGCGCAACCACGUGGAAUACCCACCGUGAGAGACAUGACAUCCAUUCAUGGUCUUUCACAUCAACCUUUGAGACCAACUACGCCACUGAGGAGAACAUCCAUAUUAAUCAUAGCUCUGCUUGAUUUAUGUUGUUUAUCGAGGUGGUGUUGAGUUCAGUAUAUGUAAUCUUAAAUAAGGACCAUGCAUGAGCAUGAGCAUGAGCAACGUUUAUGUAUAUAUGUUUGUGUUGAUGUAAUCCUAUGUCACUUCUCUGUACUAAGUGCUCUUCUCGCUAGCUAGCUUGGAUGACUACAAGUUUAAAUAAAAUGUUCAGUUUCAAUUCUGCAUGA